AUGCCUCGUCGCAGCGCAGCCGCGUACCGUGCCCUCUUCGUCGCCGCCCGUGCUCCGGCAGUUGCACCAGCACCAGCUCCAGUACCUGCACCUGCACCAGUACCAGCACCCGUACCUGAGCCCGAGGUCGUCGCCUCUGGUGGCGGCGAGGAGGAGGAGCCAAUGGACACGGGAUCCCCUACGCCUACGCCUUCAGCUCCUACACCAGUGGCGGUACCGAUCCCGCAGGCUGCCGCUCCAGUUCCACCUGCGCCUGCACCACCUGCACCACCUGCACCUGCACCACCUGCGCCUGCACCCCACGCGUCGACGGGUUCAGCACCGACGCCUCAGUACCCUCAGGUUGUUCCGGAGAUGGGAUGGACCUCCAGGAACAAGUUCAUGGAGGCGGACGAGGACGCUCACUACCACACUUUGCUCACGGGUGUGUUGGCGAGCUAUUACCCGGAGUUUGCCGCCACCGUCCGCUACCUUUGCUCGGAGCACAAGCACCCGUUGGAGAACACCUACUGGAAGGCCGAGGUGAUCAUUACAGCUCGGAACAACGUCGACAACUCGGACGAGGUGGAGUCCAUCCACGAGAGCCGGGUUAGACGUGCUUCCGCCUACGAGAGCAUGGAGGAUGCAGCUCAGGCCGCGUACUUUCACUACCAUGGCCGCCGUUUUGAGGCCAUGCAGGAGGACAGGUACCGGUUCCUUCCCCGCAACGACCCAGAUGGCAAGACAUGA